GGCUCCCUCGCUUCCGCCAAUGUUCUAUUGUCCCAUCUCACAAAAUUACAAUGCUGGAGAAAUUGCAAGGAUCCGUAAAGAAUGCAAAAAGGAAAGUUUCUGGUACAGAGCUCUUCCUUUGUCUCUCGGGAGCAUGCUUGUCACCCAGGGGCUAGUCUCAAAAGGCGUUUUCUCAGUGAACCCAAGAUUUGGUGCAUUACCUAAGAUGGCAAUUGCUGGUGUCUUAGGUUUUGCCAUUGGAAAGAUAUCAUACAUGGGAGAAUGCCAAAAAAAGUUCCAGAAAAUUGGUAUUGUACCAUGUGGUCCACAACAAAAAAGGCAUUGCCAUCACACUUGCAAAGAAUGUGAAGCAAAAUUGGGAUCGAAUGAGAAGGAAGGUUCAGGUCUGUCAGCAUCUUAGUCCCAGAUAUGGUGAAGAUGAUAAAGAUCUGAUGGAUUAUCUUCUUUCAAGGCUUUAUUCUGUAGAGAAGAAAUUAUGUCUUUGGUUUGAUGUAAACAGAGUUAUUUGAAGUGCUUGCAUAAUGUUAGAUAGUUCUGUUUACAGUAAACAGCAGUUGCUUGUAAUGCACUUUUGGGGUUUUCCUCUCCUCACUCUUCUCAGCAUGUGUUGGUUUUGUUUUGUUUUUUGUUUGUUUUUUUUUUUUUCUCCAGUGCAAUUAAGCUCUUAGUGCUGAAAAAAAUACUUUUGUCUUCUGU